CUCUUAACUUUGCUCGAGAAGCACUCAGAAACAAAGAACCCGGCUUCAAUAUUUAAGUCAAGGAAAUGAAACAUUUAUGGGCUGCGGCGAGAUAUGGUUGCUGUAGCUGAACCGACCCGUGCCUGCCUGCCUGAGGUUUGGAAUGCAGAGCAGGAUUUAUAUUCGGGCCGUAAAACCUGCGUUUAGGGACACAAAUUCCCACCAAUCAGACUAAAUAAAUCAGCGGGCCCAGGUUUUAUCAUCACAGAUAACCCUCAUUAAUCCAGCCAGCUUUUCCCGAAGACAAAGGACAAAAUGAAUUGCUUCAUUUGUGCUGCCUGAGCGGCAUGCUAAUGUGGGGAGGUGGAGGCAUGAAUAAUUCAUGGAGCGCCGCCUGAGCAGGCAGCUCCUGGCUGUCCCUGUCACCACCGCAACAAGUGGCAGCCGCCCCAUCGCCGUCCCGGCACCCAAAUGCCUUCUGGAGGGAGCAAAACCCUCUGCCUGCCCUGCAACCGCCACGGCCGGCUGGAUUUCAAGGUUCAGCCUCGUGCACGAUGGACCCAGGAAGCGCAGUCCUUUGUAACUCAGCUGUACUUGACCAUAAACUACUGUUCGUGGAAGAGAGCCGGGUGCCUCGGAGCAGCACAAAAACAGUGGGGCAGUAACAGGACAUGCACGGGCCUCCAGCAGGAGAGUGCUACAGAGAGAAAAUCAAGCUCCGUGGAGGAAUCUUUGUCAUCAACAAGUACAAAAUUGAUUUCACCAAUAGUCAUUUCACAGAUGAUUGAUGAGAAUAAAUCAAAAGAAAAUUGGUCUGCUUUGCUGAUGCAGUCUGCAAUCCCACAGCCCAGUGCUUAUCAUCUGAAGCAAUCUUUGGCUAACCAUGAUUUGGUCAACAUUAACAGUGCCUUUAUGGUCCUUCCCAGCAGAUUAGAAAUUCAGGCAUGCUUAGAUGACACCACCUCUUCACUGGACUCUCCCACCACAAAUGAAAAACAACGUCAGAACCAGUGGAAAGGGUUUGCCUCCAUAACUAUUACAGCCAGACGUGUCUCUGCGGGCUCCAGUGACCCAGCAUGGAGAUCCAGGGCCGUGCCAGCGCCCCAUGCUGCAUCCCCCACGUUGAGCAAGGUCCCUGUUGACCUCCACCACCGGCCUCCACCUGGCCAAGCAAACCAAAAUGUCACUCCAUCAAAGGCUUCUGAAUGUUGCUCAAAAUCAGGUGAAGAGCUGCGUGAGAGGUUUUCCAACCACAGAAACAAGGAGAAGGGUCUUCAAAACAGCGAUGGGAGAGAGAAAGUACUGCCUUCGUUCAUCUCAUCUGUCCACCUUCAGGUUUCUCAGCAGUGUCCAAAUACUAUCUGUUACAUAGACAAGUCACUCAAUGUGUGCCUUGUCCAGCCUCGAAUUAAAUGCCAAAAAAUGCAUAGAUCGACAUUGUCCUUCCAUAUAAACUGUAGUUCGUCUAGAUUAACAGCAGAUGGAGUAGAUGGCAUAGCUAAUGGAGAGCCAAUAGAGGAGGUACUUCAGACACAGCUCCUAAGGGAAAACAAGGCUCCACUCAUAACAAACUGGAGUGCAGGUUUAACAGAAAAUAAUGUAAUUAAUAAACAGACAACAGAUGAGGUCUGUUUGGGUACUAAAUACCCUUUGAAAAGUGUCUGUGCCUCUGAACUUCGAGCGUUUGAUAUACCCAAAGGACGUAAUACCAUAACAACAAAGCAACAUGACAAUAAGCAGUCUGGCAGCUAUCACACUACAUUUUCUUUCCAUCUUCCUAAUUCAAGUGAUGAGGCAGGAACACAAAUGCCGUCUGGAAGCCAGAGGAAGCAGUGCACCACCACCAAAGGAGGCACAAUGGACUCUGCCUCUCUUCUGGAUACAGCAUCUAGAAGGAUAACCGCUGCUGGUGGUGGCUCAUUGAAAAAUAGAGAUGCCUCCAACGACACCUCCAUACCCAAAGAGAUCCAAGCACAGGGCAUCCUGAAACCAAGAAGGGCUGUCUCCAAAAGUAUGUGCAAUACAAAAACUUCAUCAAGAGUCCUCUUGGAAGAAAACGUUCACAGGCAAAACCAGCUCCUAAAAAGUGAUUACGAAUCUUGUGGUUCAAGUGGCAAAACGGAGGAGCACGAGGAGGAGGAGGAGCGGGCUGGAGCCAGCCGGGAAGCUCUGUCUGCACCUCGCCGCCCAGAUGCCACUCAUCAGAGCCGCAGCGCGCUCGCCCGGCCAGAUGUCAGCCCGGAGCCUGAGAGGAGACCACCCACCCCACUGACACUGAAGGAAGCACUAGAAAUUCAUAAUCCUCAGUUCAUUUCCCGUUCGCAAGAAAGGCUGAAGAAGCUGGAACAUAUGGUCCAACAGAGGAAAGCCCAGCAGAAUGAUGCUCCUGUAAGCAACCAGGGAGUGCUUCCUGCUCGCAAACUUUCCUCAACAUCUGCCUCGAGCAAAAAAAAGCAAUACACCAUCCCUCACCCACUCAGCGAUAACCUCUUCAAACCAAAGGAAAGAUUCAUUCCAGAGAAAGAGAUGCACAUGAGAUCCAAAAGGAUUUAUGACAAUUUACCUGAAGUAAAAAAGAAACAAGAAGAAAAACAGAAGCGGAUAAUCAUCCAGAGUAACAGAGUGCGUGUGGAGAUCUUCAAAAAGCAAUUACUGGACCAGCUCCUUCAAAGAAACACUGAGUGACAAAGGAUUCUCUUGCUGAUCAUCCUAAUUGGAUCUCAAAUGCCUUUGACUGCUAGAUAAGCCAUAAAAGUUACUGUUAUCUUAAUUACCUGGAGGUAUUUUUCUUAUCUUUGGCUCUUUAUAAAAAGAAAGAUCAUUUGUAUUUCAAUUGAAAUUUUAAGGCAACUUUCAAGUAAGCAAAAAAUGGUCUAAAAGGGAGCACAGCUGUUUGAGAGCAUCAGCUCAUGGUCAGUUUACCCAGAGGAAAUAAUUUUAAGAAUUUUUAAUGCAAAUACUUAAUUACAGUGGUAUUGUUUAUCUUAAUCUUUUUAAAAGCAUACAUCUCUGUAGCAAUAGAACUGGAUUUAUAAGACCUGGGAAACUUAUUUCUCUGAAGUAUUCUAUUAAUUGAUUUCCUGUGAGUUAAAUCCUCAAACUAAAGAAAAAUGAGUAUCAUUUUUUGUUAUGUUUAGAAACUAGCUGAAAUGGCAUUACCACAUAAUCAUAGCAGCAGCAGUUUCACAUUAAUACUUAACAUACCAAAAGGGACCAAUAUUUCAUCUCUCUGAAGAACUCUAUUCCUGUUUAUGUAGUGAAUCUGCAUAGCAAGUUUACCUGUUAAAAGGCAAUAUUUAAAAAAUUGGUUAUAACUGUUUUUCAUGUUUUUCGUUGUAAUAUGUAUUUUACUCCACUUCUGUGAGCAUUAAGUAUUUAUAGAAAUGGCAUAUUAAGAAGCAGUGCCAAGAAGUAUGUUUGCAUCAAAACAGCAGAACUAAAACCAUCUGCAAUGUUUCCUCCAAAAAUAUUUAAAUCAUUAUUUGUACAUUUUGGAUGUAAAAACCACCAGCUUACAAACCAAUGGAAUUUAUUUAUGGAAUAAAACACGAAUAUAAUAUUUAUCCAA